AGAUUUACACCUCAGGUUUCUACAAGUCCUCCAUUAUUAUCAUUUCAAAUCUCAAUAUCUCUAUUUCUUAGUGUGUAUAUAUACACAUAUAUGUACGUGAAACUCGCAACGCUCCGUAUCCUUCUCUCAUUAUAUCAAUCUCUUCCUUCCUUUCUCUCCUUGUGUUGUCUGGUAAUCCAGUUAAGAAAAUCUGUGCAAGUUUUCAAAUACUGAGAUUCUCUGAGAGGUUUUUUAUUUUAUUUUAUUUUAUAUGAUCACAAUUUGAAGAUCAGUUUACGCGUAAAGUCAAAGAUUUCAGUUGUAAACUCCAGAGUUUCUGGGAUCCUUUUUUCAUGGCUCGAGAGAUUGAAAAUGUCAGAUAUGACGAGGAGUACAUAUUGAAUCGAAGAGGAUUGAAGCUAUUCACAUGCAAAUGGAUUCCGAUGAAUCAACAACCAAAGGCCUUAAUCUUCAUCUGUCAUGGUUAUGCCAUGGAGUGCAGCGUCACGAUGCACAGUACUGCAAUGCGACUGGCCAAGGCUGGUUUUGCAAUUCACGGAAUGGACUACGAAGGACAUGGAAAAUCAUCUGGGUUGCAGGGGUUUGUCAAUAAAAUGGAAGAUGUAGUUAAUGAUUGUAUUGAUUAUUUCUCAAGCGUUUGUGAGAUUAAAGAAAACAGAGGAAAGAUGAGGUAUUUGUUAGGAGAGUCAAUGGGAGGAGCAGUUGCUCUAAACAUGACCAGAAUGAAGCCUGACUACUGGGAUGGUGCAGUCUUGGUUGCUCCCAUGUGUAAGAUUGCAGAAGAUGUGAAGCCAAGUCCAGUAAUGCAGAAUAUUCUGACCAAGCUUUGUCAGAUAAUCCCUACAUGGAGGAUUAUUCCGACUAAGGACAUCAUCGACGUCGCGUUUAAAGUACCUAGUGUCAGAGAAGAGAUUAGAGCUAAUCCGUACUGCUAUAAAGGGCGUCCGCGCUUGAAAACUGGUUAUGAACUCCUAAAAAGCAGCAUAGAACUUGAAAAAAAUCUUCACGAGAUUUCAGUUCCAUUCAUUGUUCUACACGGUGAAGAGGAUAGAGUGACUGAAAAAGCUGUGAGCAAACAACUCUUGGAUGUGUCUGCGAGCACUGACAAAAGCUUCAAGCUUUAUCCGGAAAUGUGGCACGGUCUGCUCUAUGGAGAACCAUUGGAGAACAUUGAGAUUGUAUUCCGAGACAUUACCAAUUGGCUAGAUGAGAGAACUUCCAUGGGGAAUUCAAGGUUGGAGAGGGAGCAGAAGCUCAAAAAUGAAGACUUGUCCAAGGCUAAACAAGUGACAGAGAUUUCUUAAACUAUUUUUUGCUUGGUUUCAUGAGCACAUCUACAAAUAAAAUGUUGAUUUUCAAGAGUGAAUGAAUUUGGUUUUCAGUAGUAAA